AUGCUUCUCGCGUCUUCCAUUUUCACCCUUUCCCUCUCCCUCGGUGCAUCUGCGCUUCCUUCUUCUUCGUCCCCUUCAUCAUCAUCUGCAAUUCAUCCCUCUCUCCCAAAAGUCACAAUAUCCCCUACCGAAUCGAAUAUCCACUCCGUUGUCUUCCAAGGCCGCUCAAUCCCUGAAUUCAAACAAGAUGUCUUCCUGGGAAUCAAGUACGCCGAUAAGCCGGACCGCUUUACGCCGUCGGAUGUGAAGAGGGAGUAUAAAGAGAGAAUCUACAACGCAACAACCUACGGCUUCGAAUGUCCCGGCUACGGAUCCGAUCAGACAAAAUUGAUCAACGCUGGUACGAUCCGGCAGGGUGAGGAUUGUUUGAAUCUGAAUGUCAUCCGGCCGUGGCGGGGACAGACGAAUACCUCGUUUGCUGCUGGCAGUGGGGGUCGCAGUACUUCUGCCCAGGAUGAGCUGCUGCCGGUCCUGUUGUGGAUUUAUGGUGGUGGAUGGCAGCAGGGUGCGACGGCGGAUCCGAGGUACAAUAUGAGCUACAUCGUCCGGCAAGGCGCGCAGAGCGGAUCCCCCGUGCUCGGCGUAUCGAUCAACUAUCGCUUAGCUGCGUUCGGGUUUUUGGAUUCGGAGGAUGUUAGAGAAUCAGGAAACAAUAACCUGGGACUGCGCGACCAGCGUGUCGCCAUGAGAUGGGUCCAGGAGAAUAUCCGUGCCUUUGGUGGUGAUCCGAAGAGAGUUACUAUCUGGGGGGAAUCAGCAGGAGCGUAUAGUGUUGGUGCGCAUCUAGUCGCCAACGGAGGAGAUCAUGAAGGCCUUUUCAGAGCUGCUAUCAUGGAAUCCGGAAAUGCGGUAGGCCCGCCCUGGAAUGGCACCGACUGGUAUCAGCCUAUGUAUGAUCGGAUCGUCAACAAGACGGGCUGCGCCAACUCAUCCGACACGUUACAAUGUCUCCGGGAUGUGCCUUAUCAAACCCUCUACGACAACGCCUUCGAAGGACUGGAAUGGUUCGGCGCCAUCGACGGCACGUUUAUCCGCGAAUACCCCCAGAUUAGUUUCACGGAAGGUCGAUUCGCGAGAGUUCCGAUCCUGCUGGGCACGAACACCGACGAGGGAACGAGUUUCGGUACGACGGGCACCGAUACGGACGAAGAGUGCGUGGAGCAGUUGAUUUCUUCGAAACGAUGGGUCCUUGACCGUACCAAGGCCACUAAACUCCUGACUUUCUACCCCAACGACCCGGCCGUCGGAUGUCCCUAUGGAUGGGGAAACAAGACCUGGCCAUCGCUCGGGGCCAUGUAUAAGCGGUACGAGUCGAUGGCAGGAGACAUCACCAUGGCGGCGCCGCGACGACUGCUGGCCACGACGAUGGCAAAGGCUGGCCAGAAGGUAUAUAGUUAUCGAUGGGAUGUGGCGGCGCUGAACUCGUCGAGUACGAUCGGCGUGGGACAUUUCGCCGAGAUUCCAUUCGUCUUCGCCAAUCCCGACCAGACCAUGACGCCUUUAGGCGACGAUCCGAAUCGACUAGAACUAGGCAACCUAGCAGCUCGCAUGUGGACGUCAUUCGCGACGGACUUGCACCCCAAUGGUCACGACGUGCCUCAGAUCGCGUCAUGGCCGCGGUAUACGCCGCAUAAUCCGUCGAAUUUCGUUUUCCGAUUGCCCCGCCAGCAGAGCUAUGUUGAACCCGACACGGAUCGGGAGGAGGGGAUGGCUUAUCUUAAUGGGAUUGCGCGGUAG